GUAAAGAUUGUGUGACGUACCUAACCUAGUAACAUUUUUGUGACGCACGAAACUAUGGGAUAUGUACAUAUUCACCGAAAAAGGUUCAGAAACCGCAGAAAAUACUUCCUAACCUAACUGAAAUUGGAGAUAAGCUGCCUAGCUUAUUUUUCUCGAAUCGAAGCCCAAAUGCAUAUACCAAUAAUCUACACCAUUUUUUCUCAUUACCUCGACUUAAUAACUUGAUACAUAAUUGGGGAAUCUUACGAACCUGAUGCCGUGGCCAUGUCCUUCAGGAAAAGAAAUGCUGUGAUUAGCAGCUCAAUUUCAUCUCAGUCAACCCCAUCAAAGACUGAAAAUGUAUCUAUUCCUGGAGUUCGACCGUCUCUUGUCGAUGGUCGACCAACUACUUCCACUGGAACCGCAUCUCUAGACAGUCUACUUGCUGGACAUGCUGGCUUACCCCUAGGCACAUCACUUCUUAUCGGAGAGCAUGGUACUACCGACUUCGCUGGCGUACUUCUCCGUUACUAUGCCGCCGAGGGUAUGAUUCAGGGUCAUCAAAUCCAUGUCCUCGGCUUACAUGAAAGUUGGCGCUACGAGCUCCCGGGUCUUUCAACCGAAGACAAGAAAUCAUCAAGCAAGUCGGAGACUCCCUCAGAUGACAAGAUGAAGAUAGCUUGGAGAUACGAAAGCUUGUCGUCUGGGGGAGCCCCGAGGGAUAGAAAUGCGGCUCAGAAGCGAAGUAAUUCUGCGACUGAAUCUACUUCUAUUUUCUGCCAUUCUUUCGAUCUUACCAAAAGACUUAGUCCCACUAACGUCAAGGGUCAAAUUGGCUUUCACCCCUCGAUGAGCAUACCGGAUCUGCCUUCCCACACAAAAGAUUCAACAUCGCCUUUCAAGAUGUUCAUCAAGAACGUAGCUCACAAGCUAGCGAAUUCGCCGCCAUCGUGGGUCCAUCGUGUCAUAGUACCGAGUCUCUUAUCCCCGACGGGGUACGCUGGCUCGUCUGCUCGGCCCGAAGAGGUCUUGCAGUUUUUACACGCGCUUAGAGCGUUGUUAAGGCAGUACCCAGGAAAGCUCACGGCUAUUAUAACUUUACCGCUAUCACUUUACCCUAGGACUACGGGACUUACACGUUGGAUGGAGUUAUUAUCCGAUGGUGUUUUCGAACUUGUCCCACUCCAGUCCAACGCCGUGCACGCUCCUCCUCCGUCUUCAAAGUCCGAUUCCAAAUCCGAGGAGCAGACGCAGGGUCUUCUCAAAGUCCAUAGUCUACCGAUUUUCCACGAAAAAGGCGGGGGCUCUUCUGAGGGCUAUGCUGCUCACGGGGAUCUGUCGUUUAGCUUGAGUCGAUCUAAGGGUUUUGUGAUAAAACCGUUCUACUUGCCUCCUGUUGGGGAAGACGAAGAGGAAAAGAAGAAAGGAGAUUCUAGCAAAGGAAGCAUGGAUUUCUGAAAAUUCCUCUAUACGUCUAAGGUGAAUAGCUGCUAUCGGAUUGAGCCACUACAGUGCGAAACCGUAAACAUGAUAUUACGCACUGUAUAUACCCCACUUGGAACUCUCCAAAUUUUCAUCGACUUCUCCAAAUUCGAAAAAAAAAGCUUUUAGUUUUUUUUUUUCAAUCUUCAACAAUCACAACAGGUA